AUGGACUACAAACUAACUAGUGAAGAGGAAUAUAGGAUUUGGGUAUCGGAAAAUCGACGUGGGGAAUUGAUAGCCAAGGCAUAUCUAUACGCCUGCUGGAUUUCAAUGACUUGUGUGGCAAUUAUACCAUGGAUUUUUGUAGUCUAUGAAUGGUUCCAGGGUUUGGAAAUGCAUCUAAAUCUACCUUUUGAACUUAUGUUUCCCUAUGACGACGGUGGAUGGCUUGCUUCCAUGGCCAAUUAUGUUCUCACAAUGCUGCAUAUACGUGGCCUGGCCAAUACCUCCAUAGGCAUUGAUACCCUGUUUGGUUGGUAUAUCCACGCCAUUGUUGGACAUUUUCGCAUUUUACGUUACAAAAUCAAAAAAGCUGCCCUGAGAAUUGACUUACAUGAAGACCACUCGCAAUUUGUCCAAGAUAUUGGUGAUUUUGUCGAAUACCAUAAAAAAGUCUUGCAGUAUGUUGAGGAUCUCAAUCGUCUGUAUGGAGCCAUGUCUUGGGCUGAAAUCACUAUGAGCUGUUUGCAAUUGUGUUUCCUUUUAUACUCCCUGGCAAAUGAUCCGAAUUUUGCAAGUAUUCCCUUUCAUUUUGUGGCCUCGGCAUCGAUAACAUUGCAAUUGACCAUUUAUUGUAUUGGAGGUGAGAAGAUUAAAAAUGAGAAUGACAUGCUUUGUGAUGAAAUCUAUAUGGCAAUGCCCUGGGAAAAAAUGAAUCCAUCGGAGAAGAAACUAAUCCUUAUACCAUUGAUACGCGCUCAAAAGCAAACAUUGUUAAAGGGUCUCUUCUUUUACCUAAAUCAAAGCCUGCUGGUAUUUAUUUUCAAGAACGCCUUCUCUUUCAUCACAUUGUUGGGAGCCAUGAAGGAGUGAAGAUAUGAAACAUUAACUAGCAAUGUUUCACAACAAGCAGUUUAGCGGAACUUGAGUUUGAAAUGUCUUAAAUUGCUUGCAAAUAUCAUCGAAAACCCAAAAUUUUUUUAAAAAAUAGUUGUAUGGGUCUCUA